AUGGCGAAUGGAAUUCCGGGUCAUGAGGAGGACCUCCAUCGCCGACGUAUGGCAAUCCUCAAACCCAAGUUGGAGGCUCAUAACAGAAACUUCAUCCACUUCCUCAAGAAAUCUUGCAACAGUAGCACCAUUUUCCUCCUCCUAAUUUUGGACAUUCUGUCAUUUGCCUUUAGGAUCAAGGAGAAAGGACUGAGCACAGGUUGGUAUGAAGCGGCUGUUAUACUAAGUGCUGUCAUUCUGAUCGUCAUAGUCCAAUCCAUUUGUGACUCUCGGAAUGAAAGUUCACGUCAGCUAUCAACAAACCAGCUUUGGCAAAAUCAGGAACCGAAAGUUCAUGUUUUGAGAGGGGGAUGCCGUCAAACUAUUUGCAUCUCCGAUGUCCUCUUGGGAGACAUUGUGCUAUUAGAGAAGGGGGAGCAAGUUCCUGCUGAUGUGAAUGACAAAGCUGAUCCCAUCAUCAAUGAUCAUAAUCCAUUCGUGUUUUAUGGUUUCAAAGUAACUGAUGGUACUGGAAAAAUGCUAGUGACCCCAGUUGGUGCCAAGACAAAGUUGGGAAAUAUGUUGAGCAGAGCUCGUCCAUCAAAAAGGACACCAGUAGAGGAGCAACUCAGAAAGCUGAGCAAUUCGACACAAAUAAUCGGUAUUGUCAUCUCAAUAAUCAUCAUUGUUGUGUCGUUCUCGCGGUUCAAGCUCAAGAAGGAAUAUGAUAAUUCAGGCCUGCGGGACUUCUCAGGGAAGUCACAUACUCUGAAGGGAUUAUAUGAAGCUAUAAAGAGAGUUGCCCUGAGACCACAAGGGAUGUUAACUAUGCUGACUUCUUCACUUACUUUGCUACUAGUUGGAAUAGCCGAAGGACUACCAUUAGCAAUUACUAUUGCCAUCACUUGCUGGAACAAGAGGAUGCUAGGUGACGAGACUUUCUUAAUUCUUUGA